AUGUCACCACAUAAAGACGUUUCAAUUGUCGCAAUAAACACAAUAAAACAAAAAAAUGAAAAAGACACUACAAAUAAUUUUCCAAGACUUAAUUUGAAAUUUAAUGAACUUGAUGAAAUGGUGGAUUCUCAAAUCGUUUUCGAGUUUGGUGGACCAUGGGGAGUUACUGCAAUGAUGAUCGGUUUUCCCAUCCUAAUGUAUUAUUUAUGGGGAUGUCUACAGUUUAAUCGCGGGAGAUUGGAGUCACCUUUGAAUGAAAAAUUAUGGACAUCGAUAAUACAAGGCUCAACACCAACUUUUUAUGCAGCUAAAAUCUAUAUAACAUUUUGCGUUUUUGAAUUUUUUUUGGCUUAUGUUGUUCCAGGACCUAUAGUUAAGGGAGCACCUGUUUCUUCAUUGAAAGGAAAACAAUUGGAUUAUCUUUGUAAUGGAGUUUGGUCAUUUUAUGUGACUAUAUUUACAUCAUGUCUACUUCAUUAUUAUGAAUUGUUUAAAUUGACAGACAUUAUUGAUAAUUUUGGACCUUUGAUGAGUGUGGCAAUAAUUUCUGGUUUCUCUAUUACAUUUCUUGUUUAUGCUGCUACAAUAUUUCAAGGCAAGCAAUAUCGUAUGUCAGGAUAUUUGAUGUAUGAUCUUUUUAUGGGAGCUGAAUAUGAAAUGUUUGGUUAUGUCUCAUCAUCUAUGGCAUUUAUGGUAUUUGCACACUUCCUGUAUGUGAAUGCAUGUAUGAAAGGUGAAGAAUGUAUUCCUACAACUUGGGAUAUGACUUAUGAAAAGUUUGGAUUUAUGCUUAUUUUUUGGAAUUUUGCUGGAGUGCCAUUUACAUAUUGUUAUUCUACAUUAUAUCUUCACAUUUCAAGUGUUGAUAAUGGUCGUCCAAUCACUCAUUCAUCAUUUUGGACUUAUUUUUGCUAUGGAAACCUAUUACUUACAAGCGGAUGGUGGGGGAUUGCACGUAAAAUUCAUUAUACAGCUGAUUUGUUAAUGGCUUUUGAUUGGGGGUUCAUCACUGGAUUUAAUACGCUUAUUCCAUUUUUCUAUCCAGUUUUCUUUGUUGUUGUAUUAACUCAUCGUGUUACUAGAGAUAUGGAAAGAUGUUCCAGAAAAUAUGGAAACGAUUGGCAAGAAUAUUGUAAACGUGUACCAUAUAUUUUUAUUCCUGGAAUCUAUUAG